UUUAAUUUGUUUUUGUGUUUUUGUGUUUUUUUUAGGUGUAAUGUGGAAAAGAGAGGUUAGGGUUUGUUUUUUGGUUUUCAUGUUGAUUGAGAAUUCGCGGGAAUAUGGCGGAGAGUUGGUUGGGUCCCCCUCCUCUUUGUAAGGCAUUACACCUCCACCUCCACCUCCAUCAUCAAUUCUCCAUUCCUUCUCUCUCUUCCCAAUUCUCUCUCUUCCCUUCUUCGUCUUCCUCUUCCAAAUCUCUCUCCAUGGCCUCUACUCGCCCCUCACUCCAUUCUUCGGACUCCAACCCUAACCCUACUCAACCUUCCCUGCUCGUCUUCUCAGGUGGAACUGCUUUUAAUGGUGUUGUUGAAGAGCUCAAGAAGUUAACAACUCGUGUUGCACACAUUCUCCCUGUUUCUGAUGAUGGAGGAAGUACAGCUGAGAUUGUUCGUGUUCUUGGUGGUCCGGCUGUUGGAGACAUACGGUCUAGAUGCUUGAGAUUGUCUGACCAGAGCACAUUUGAGGCUCUUGCUGUGCGAAGAUUGCUUGGUCAUCGCUUACCACUUGAUGCACAAGAAGCCAAAUCAGAAUGGUAUGAUAUUGUGGAAGGACAGCAUUCUCUUUGGAACGGUGUCUCAAAACCCUACAGGGAAACUAUCAGAACUUUUUUGGUUUAUUUUCAGAAUCAGAUCCUCCGUCGGUCGAAUGAAUCAUUUUGUUUCAGCAAUGGGAGCAUUGGAAAUUUUUUCUUUGCAGGAGCUCGCAUAUUCUUUGAGUCUUUAGAUGCUGCAAUAUUUUUGUUUUCACGCGUUUCAGAUAUUCCUACAGAAAGCCUGGUCCUCCCAGUGAUUUCUACCAAUGACAGGCUUACAUUGGGUUGUGAAUUGUGGGAUGGUACUAUCAUACGUGGUCAGAAUGAAAUAUCUCAUCCAACCAAUGGAUCUAUGGAACCUAUAAACAAGGUAAGCUCUUCAACUCCAGCACUUCCUUCAAGAAUAAAGCGGGUGUUCUACAUGUCAAGUGAAGGCAACAAUUUAUUGCAUGAGGUUUUUCCCAAUGUAAACCCAACUGUCCUGGAUCAGUUGAGGACGAUUGACUGCAUCAUUUAUGCUAUGGGAUCCCUUUUUACUUCCAUCUGCCCAUCUCUGGUUUUACUUGGCAUUGGGGAGAUCAUCGCUUCAAGGUCUUGCCCCAAGGUACUUCUGUUGAAUGGCACUCAUGACCGAGAAACUAGCGGCUUUUCUGCUGCUUCCUUUGUAACUGCCAUUGCAGAUGCUCUAAAUCGAACUUAUGGGGAUCCUCAUAAUUGUCUCAAGAACCUUCCAAGUCAAUACAUCAAUACACUUUUGGUGCCCAAAGAUGGUCAAAUUCCCGUAGUUGCUGAAUCCUUAGCCACCCAAGGAAUCUUUCGUGUGAUCACUGUUGAUUCUGUGCGUGAUCCAAAUGUGGGUGUAGUUUUUGAACCCAAAUCAUUAAUACAAGCCCUCGGUGACUUGCUAAGUGGAUACACAAGCACAAAUGCUAUACGGGUUUAGUGAAUCUUUGACCAAACAAAUGACAAGCAAGGUGUAGCGAACGAAUAUACAUCUGAUUGAAAUAUUGGCUUUAACAGGUCAUCUUUUUCUGAGAGGGUCCGUUUCCUUCCGACUUGGGACCGGUAAAGCGUGGUGCUUGAUAGAGGUUCUGCAUUCCUUUUGGAGUAGCGCCCGGUAAAGCGUGUGGAUUGUUGGGCUAUAUGGAGAUUCCGCUUUUCUUCCAAUUAGCCAUUGGUAAAGCAUGGUGCUUGAGACAGGUUCCAGUUUUCCUUUUGGAGUAGCUCCCGGUAAACUGUGUGGGUAUGGCCUAGGUGAAGCAGGUUGUUAGCAUGUGGAUAUUGUUGAGAAUUCUUGUAACAAUUCAGUUAUGUGAUUGUGAUAAUUGUUAGAUGUAGAUUGAAGAGUGUAAUGUAGAAUAUUUUGUUAAUGAGUUGACUCUUAUAAUCCAAUUAUAUGAAAUGUGUUGACAUAUGUAUAA